UGUGGCAACACAACAGUAUACAGAGCGCAGGGCGAACCACGUGACAGAGGAAGUCGUGCAGACGGCGAGGCAGCCCAACGGUUGUUCGGCCGGCCAUUUCGCAAUCUCUCCUCGCCGCUCAUCCCUGAGCGCACGCAAAAGAAAGGUUGCCCAUCGUUGCGCACCGGUUCUCUGUGCGACGUUUGUUUGUCUCUUUUAGGAUCCUUUGGGGUUUUCUCUUCUUUCGAACGCGUUGAGUUCUUCUCUGUGCGACGCGGUCUGGGUUUGGGAUCUAGUGCGGUGACUUCUCGUCUUCCUUGUCUGGCGACGAUUAGAAAAGGACUCGCCCUCGCCAUCGCCAUCGCCAUCGCCCGGUUGUUGCUUGGCUCUUUCUCUUUGUCUCGCACGGUCAUUUCUUCUUGACACACUUCGGUUUCUUUUUUUUUUCUUUUGCUUCCUAGUUUGGACACAAGGUUUAUUUGAAAAAGCGGGAUUGUUGAUCCCUACCUAUGUGUUCCAUUUCAUAUGUAUAUAUUUUCUAAUAUUUUUGUAAAACGACUGUUGUGCGAAAAGAUUGGGGUUUUGUGGCCUACCACAUAGUCGUGGGCCUCGUGGGGUUUUAGAUGACGAACUCCGCGUUGGUUUUCUGAGUCGUGGGGUUUUCGAUGACGAAUGGUGUUCUAUAUAAAUAAAGUUUAAUCAUUUAUGGAAUUUAUCAUGCGAGCUAGCCUUCCUCUUCCGCGUUUCUUCUUGGAGAUAUUAACGUCAAAUGGUGCAAUGCGAUUUUUUCCCCCAUUGCCAUUUGCCCCGCCUACGCCUUCCAUCUUUAUUUCCAUCUCCCGGACGUGAGUAGCUGCAAUGGCGAGCCAUCAGCGCGGAGGAGGUCGGGUUGGCGGCGGCGGCUGGGGUCAGGCGAACCCCAACGUUAUUCAGGGCCAGGCGGGGCGGGGCUACGGCGGCGGUCGAGGUGGUCAGUACUACGGCGACGACAGCCGCGGUCGAGGUGGUCAGUACUACGGCGACGACAGCGGCGGACGUGGCGGCGGCAGGGGCGGUGGUCGUGGCUUCGACGGCCGCGACGGCGGCGGAUACCAGGAAGGUCGUGGCGGGGGCCGCGGCGGCGGCGGAUACCAGGAAGGGCGUGGCGGGGGCCGCGGCGGCGGCAGAUACCAGGAAGGACGUGGUGGUGGCCGGGGUGGCGGCGGCUACUACUAUGAAGGACGUGGCGGGGACCGUGGUGGCGGCGGCUACUAUGGAGGACAUGGUGGGGGCUACCAGGAAGGCCGUGGCGGGGGCCGAGGUGGUCGCGGCUACCAGGGACAGGGAGGCAGCGACUACGGCCGCGAGCGCGGGCAUGGCGGCCUACAAACCCCACGUCCUGCUCUGCGCCAAGCCGGUCCGCCCCUCGCGGACCGCUACGCGGCCGACGCAGCCGCGUUGAGGGACAAGUUCAAGACGAUGGACAUUCACCGCGACGAGCCCAUGUUUCCAGCGCGCCCGGGCUUCGGCGCCGUGGGGACGCCGUGCGUCGUCAAGGCCAACCACUUCUUUGUCGGCCUCGUCGAAAAGGGCCUGCACCACUACGACGUGGCCAUCUCACCAGAGACGACGCUAAGGGGCAUAUACAGGCAAGUCAUGUCGAAGCUGGUUUCCGAGAACCGGCAGACCGAGCUUGGCGGCCGCCUGCCUGCAUACGACGGGCAGAAGUCACUGUUCACCGCCGGAGAGCUGCCCUUCAAGACCAAGGAAUUCGUUGUCACCUUGUCUGGCAGGAUGGAAAGGAGGUACAAGGUGGUGAUCAAGCAUGCCACGGCGGUCAGCCUCGACCAGCUGUUGAUGCUCAUGGCAGGGUACCCAACGGACAUCCCGGCGCAGGCGCUGCAGGUGCUUGACAUUGUGCUGCGUGACAUUGUGCUCAACGAACGCAACACCAUGGAGUACGUUGCAGUUGGCCGGUCCUUCUUCUCACCACUCAUAGACUCAAUGGGACCCAAGAACCUUGGCUUGGGUGUGGAGGGAUGGAAGGGUUUCUAUCAGACCAUCAGGCCGACACAAAAAGGCUUAUCUGUGAUCAUAGACAUUUCUUCAUCAGCUUUCAUUCGACCCCUGCCACUGAUUGACUUUGUUAUGGAGAUUCUGAACAAAGAUAACAGGACCUUUAGAAGUAUUACUUCCAUGGAUCUUGUCAAGCUCAAGAAAGCCCUCAAGGGUAUGAGGAUUGAAGUCACACACCGAGGAGACAUACGCCGGAAGUACCGAAUUGCCAGCUUGACAAACAGUCCUCCAUCUUCACAGUUCUUUGAAUCAUCUGCUGGAGUUCAGAAGUCCGUAGCAGAUUACUUCAGAGAGGCAUACCAUCUGGAAAUGCACUAUGAUUUUCUCCCAUGCCUCCAAGUUGGCAGUGAUCAGAGGCCGAAUUACCUCCCUAUGGAGGUUUGCAAGAUAGUAGCUGGACAGCAAUACCGGAAGAAGUUGGAAGGCCAACAGGUCUCUAAACUAAUGGACUCCACCUGCCAGCGCCCAUCUCUCCGCGAGGACAACAUUUGUCAGAUUGUUGAGCAAAAUGACUACAAUAAAACUGAGCGUGCAAGUGAAUUUGGCAUGGAGGUUGAUUAUCGUCCUACUUCAGUGCAGGCUAGAGUUCUGCCAGCUCCCACUCUGAAGUACCGUGGCACUGGAUCUGACAGUUUGUGUUGUCCAAAGGAUGGUCAGUGGAACAUGAUAAAAAAGCAAGUAGUAGAUGGUGCAAGGGUGGGCAACUGGGCCUGCGUUAACUUUUGUCAAGAGUUGCGUGCAGAUGGUGUUGGUAAAUUUUGCUCUGAUCUGGUCAAGUGGUCUCGCACUACUGGAGUGGACAUGGAUAACUUGAGACUUCCAAUAUAUACCGCUCGUCCUGAACAAGCUGAAACUGAUCUUCGUAGGCUCUAUCAGGAUGCUCGGAACAAGCUAAGAGGGCAAAAGUUUGAUCUUUUGCUUGCUAUACUGCCAGAGAAAAAUGGCAGCUUAUAUGGUAAUUUCAAAAGGAUCUGCGAGACAGAGAUUGGUAUCAUGUCGCAGUGUUGUUUGGAUAAAAAUGUUAGAAGUGCAGGCCCUGCAUAUUUUGCUAAUGUUGCUAUUAAGAUCAAUGCCAAGUUUGGAGGAAGAAACUUAGAAUUUGCUAAUCCCAAAGAAAGCUUACCGGGUGUUACAAUUGAACCAACAAUUAUAUUUGGUGCUGAUGUCACUCACCCUGCCGCUCUAGAUGAUACCGCCCCUUCCAUUGCUUCUGUUGUUGCCUCCCAAGACUGGCCCAAGGUGGCUAACUAUAAUGGGAUUGUCCGUGCACAAGGUCAUCGUAAAGAGCUCAUCAAUGGCCUGGAAGACAUUGUCAAGGAACUCCUACUUGCAUUCGAGGAGAGGUCUAAGCGGAGACCCAAGCAGCUGAUCUUCUACAGGGAUGGCGUAAGUGAGGGCCAAUUCAAACAAGUGCUGGAACAAGAAAUCCCUGAGAUAGAGAAGGCAUGGAAAGCUCUUUACAAUGAGAAGCCAAAGAUCACCUUCCUAGUGGUGCAGAAGAGGCACCACACAAGGCUCUUCCCAAACAACCCAAAUGAUCGCCAAUGGGCGGACAAGAGUGGAAAUAUUCUACCUGGCACUGUUGUUGACAAGGAUAUCUGCCACCCAACAGAAUUUGAUUUCUUCCUGUGCAGCCAUGCUGGGAUCAAGGGAACUAGCCGUCCUGCGCAUUACCAUGUCCUGAGAGACGACAACAACUUCACUGCAGACGCGCUGCAGUCUCUCACAUAUAACCUAUGCUUCUUGUAUUCAAGCUGCACUCGCUCUGUGUCAAUCGCUCCCCCAGCAUACUACGCCCACAAGUUAGCGUUCCGCGCCCGCUUCUACGUCAACCAAGACUCUGAUGCGGCGACAAGUGUCGGCUCUUAUGGUUCAUCAGCUCCCUCUGCUGCUGCUGCUGCUGCUGGUCCGAAGCCGCUUCCGGAGAUCAAGGGUGAACUGAGAAGGCUCAUGUUCUACUGCUAGUCCUUGACCACGGGAAACCCUUUCCUGAACAAGGCUUUGCUCUUCUGAAGACUGAACAAGGCUGCUGCAUUAUUUAUUAUGAACAAGCCUGAACAAGGCUGCAUUAUACUAGCUUAACGUUUGUAGUUUGCAUUUUAUUUCAUAUAAACGAUCCAAGUCUUUGCCGAACUUGAUUAUUAUAUUCAGUUAUUCAGCAUUCACGGGACGCUAGAGGGAAAAAUCGAAAUUUUGAAACGCUUUGGUGAACCAUUUUAUAUUCAGUUAAGCAUUCCAAUUAA